CACGUAUUAACGGUAUUGACCAUUAUGGCCGCUUGAGGUCAAUCAUGAACAGGUUUUUCGAAGGUUUUGGAUUUUCAAUUUUUUCUCGGCCAACACAUAAUAACGACUUUGAUGAACCAGCGACCAGCAUUUCUCGGUCGUGGUCGAGGCCGUGGAACAAGAGAAAGCAAUGUAAACCGUCCCCAUGAUGCAAGAUUUACGAAUAGAAACGGGGCGCCAGAGGCAGAACCUGAACGCGGCCAAACAAAGAACACGUCAGCAUGGGAUUUUGGCUCCCCUGGCCGUAAAGCACAACGAAAAGAUCGCCAUGUGCAUGAUAUUUGUGCUUCGUCCGAACGUCGUAAAAAAGCAGAAGAAAUUCGACAGUCUGCUGCUAAUUUCUCGAAAGAAGCGCAGUUGUCAUCUUCUGAAUCUGAUGAUGAUGUUAACGAUACUGAAAUAUUGCGCAAUACUCUGACUGCUUAUCAAGGAGAUGAAGACAAUUUGGUAAAGAUAAAGCAGUAUCUUCAAGAGAGCUGUAGUUCUCGUGCUUUGAUAUGUUUGAUUUGCAUUGAAUCUAUUAAGCAUAACAAUCCAAUUUGGAGCUGUUCUCGUUGCUACAGCAUAUUUCAUCUCCAAUGUAUUCAGCAAUGGUCAAAUGAUGGUGCUGUUCAAAACCUGCCAUUGUCUCAUGAACAUUUCCCUCAUCAGGAGCUUGUUUGGUUUUGUCCCAAAUGCAGGUGCGAAUACAAGCAGUCCGAGCGGCCUAAAGAAUAUGUUUGUUUUUGUGGAAAAACGGUAAAUCCCAAGUUUGAUCCAUGGUCGGUACCACACUCCUGUGGUGAAAUAUGUGGACGUCAGUUCACUCCUGAUUGCGGUCAUACCUGUCUCUUGCUUUGUCAUCCAGGCCCUUGUCCUCCGUGCCCGAAAAUGGUUCGAGUCACGUGUCACUGCGGCUCGCAGGCUCCUAAAAUUCGUAGAUGUAGCGCGAAGGAAUGGUCUUGUGGAAAGACCUGCGGGAAAAUACUUUCAUGUGGUCAUCAUACGUGUACGGAUCCAUGUCAUGCAGGACUAUGCAAACCAUGUCCAAAGCAUAGCUUACAAAAGUGCUUAUGUGGACGAAAUACAAUGAUGCGACCCUGUGCUGAACCUCAAUGGCAAUGUAAGGAGAUAUGUGGUAAGCUUCUCGAAUGUGGCAACCAUUAUUGCAGUGACGUUUGUCAUGGUGGAAAAUGUCCGCCUUGCCCAAAAUCUGGAAAACGCACGUGUCCCUGUGGAAAAACCAGUGUGAAUGCGCCAUGUACAGAGGACGUCCCGCUAUGCGGUGAUACAUGCGAUCGAUUGUUGUCAUGUGGCCGGCACACUUGUACUCGACGCUGUCACUUAGGACCAUGCGAAAAGUGUCGACAGAUGGUGAAGAAAAAAUGUCGCUGUGGAAAGAGGGAAAAGUCAGUUCAAUGCUCGCAAGAGUUUAUCUGCGAUAUAAAAUGCACCCAAAUGAAAAAUUGCGGCAGGCAUCAAUGUCGUAGAAAAUGCUGUGAUGGCGGAUGCCCCCCUUGUGAACAGAUCUGCAAUCGUCAACUGAACUGUAAAAAUCAUAAAUGUCCUUCGGUUUGUCACCAAGGACAAUGUUAUCCGUGUCCUUUGACUACAGAAGUGACCUGUUUUUGUGGAUCUUCCAAGUUGUCAGUACCAUGUGGCAGAGAACGUGUCACGAAGCCUCCAAAAUGCCUUAAACUUUGCAAGAAUCCUUCAGAUUGCCAUCAUCCCACGCGAAAGCCCCAUCGUUGUCAUUUCGGUCCGUGUCCUCCUUGUAAACAGAUAUGUGGAUACAUACUUGAGCCUUGUGGUCAUAAAUGUCAAAUGGAAUGUCACGACCGAGUUGUCUCUACUAGUAAGAAACCAGACACCGUCAAAUGGCCAGUGAAGCACCAGAAGCAUGACCUCGUGGAAGCAGUUGCGAUACCAUGUGGCCCUUGCAAACAAAUUGUUUCGAAGACAUGUCUUGGAGGCCACGAGACGAUAUCAGUUCCAUGCCACCAAAGUGGGGAUAUCAGUUGUGGACGGCCGUGUGGUCGCUUGCUAUCCUGUGGUAACCAUUAUUGUCAACUUGAAUGCCAUACUGUGACUGACGCUCCGGAUGAAAAACAAUGUGGAUUGGAAUGCGAAAAAUGUGAAAGACCUUGUAUGAAACCCAGGCCACCAGGAUGCACGCAUUCAUGUCGGCGAAGGUGUCAUCCAGGUGAUUGUGGCAUGUGCAAGCAGAUGGUCAAACGACUUUGUCAUUGUUCCUCUAUAACAAUCCAUUUGAAAUGCUGUGAUCUCACCACAUCAGAUGAUGCAAAGAUGGAAUCAUUGCUAUCAUGCAAGGGUAACUGCCCAAAGAAACUUGCAUGUGGUCAUCUAUGCCCACUCCAGUGCCACUCCGGUCCGUGUCUCAAUGUGAAAGAGUGCUCGAGAAAGGUUUCCGUAAGAUGUCCUUGUAAGAGAUUGAAACGAGAUGUACAAUGCCAUCAAGUGCAGCAUACAAGACUUGAUUGUAAUGAAGAAUGUCGUGCACUCCAGAUAAAAACUGAGAAACAAAGAAAAGAGCGCGAACGUAUUCGACAAGAGGAAGAGUCAAAACAUGACAAGGAGGAGCUUGAAAAGUUCGAACGAAAGAAACAAGGACGCAAACGUCGAGUGAGGAAAGAAAUGGAAGAGGUCGAGGAACCAAGCUGGAUAACAGUUCAUCGAAAUAUCAUUCUUGUUGUGGUUGUAUUGGGUGCUCUUCUUGCUUUCAUCAUUCAUAUUGCAGUUGCUGAAUAGUUUCCUAACGUGUGUAUGUGGGGCAUUUAUCUUGGAUUGCUGGCAGGUUUGUCCUGUGCUUUAAAAGUGCUUAGUGUGAUGGAAAAGUAAUUACUAGCGCUUCACGGCAAUGCUUCGAAACAGCGUUUUAGCCAAAGAGCUAACUCCGUGAAGACAAAUUUUUUCAAAAUGUCCAAAUCAUGGGCGAACUAUUCUUAUCUAUCUAUUUCGCUUUUUAAGUUCCUUUGGGCAACACUAACUGAAUAAUGUGAGACGUUUUCAGAACUGGCUUAUUCGCUUUCCUUGAUUUCUCUUUGGUGUAACCGUUUUCAUCCCGUAUUGUUCGUGAUAAAGUUAUUCAUUCCAGUAUAUCCCUACCAUACACAUUUUAUUAUUUAUUUUUAUGAACAAAAUCAUGCAAAGUAAUAUAGGAAAUUUACUAUAAAGAAAUUUUACAAAGAAAUUGAAUGAACACGGAAUUAUAGCAUUAUUUUGUUUGA